AUGAGACACGAAGGUCUUACAAAGGCGCAGAGCUCCCUCCUUUCCCAGGCCCGUAUCGGGGAUAUAGGCCUCCGGGACUACCUGUUCAGGGUGAAAGUCCCGGAGGUCCGUACCCCCUAUUGCGAGUGCGGGAGAGGCAGGGAGACGGUGGAGCACUUGGUGGUUUGGUGCCCCGACCCGCCGUUACAAAGGCCGUGGGACGGCAAAGAGAUUCGGUCACAUCGGGACCUACAAACCGUAUUACGGGGAGUAGAUGCACAAAAUGACAGUGACUCUUUCAGAGAGGGAAUUCGACCGGUCCAGGACCUGCAUAUGCAAUAUCUCGGCUACCUAUCGGACAUCCUCAACAACACACACGGCAUCAUUGAGAUUGUCGCAGUGCUGGGCUGGCCCUGCUCGGAAAGGUACUCGCGCCGUCUGAUGCCCUCGGCAACGGCCUGA